AUGCGAUGUCCGUACCUGAAGGGCUAUGCUGCUGAAUCUUGCAGACACUACCCCAUGGAUCCGAACUCUCGGAGCCACUCGGUGUCCGCUCGGGAAUGGGAAUCCCUCAGGGAGGCAGCCUGCUUCUGGAAGGACAAAUACGACAGACUGUAUGAAAACCAAAGAAGGCUGCAAAAGAUUAAUGAAAGCUUAGAAGAAAAACUGCUGCACAUUGCGGAAAAAUUUGAGAAUGAAAAGUCUGAUCUAACAAAAGAUGUAUCUGAUCUAACAUCAAGACUUGUGGAAGCCAGAUUAAGUAUCGCCGAACUCGAAGAAGAGAAUGAACAAUACCGAAAUGAUUGCAACAUUGCUGUCCGACUUCUUCAAUGCAAGCCAUCUAGUUUUGUUGCUCACAAAUUUAAUUCCUUACCAGCAGAUUUUCAAGCGAAAGUCAAACGACAUCUUGUCCGCCCUCAGAAGGACAUCCGCGCUUCGUCCUCCUCUCUGCUCCUCGAACAGUGCCCACCAGACGUCAAGACCAUCAAAGUUUCGGUGCCUACGCUGCCGCCGGCUGCUAUGGUAUACUCGGUGAAUAAGUCCUCUAUGUCCUCAACUCCAAAUAGUCUACCGACCCCAGCUACAACAACGAACGAAGAAACAACCCCGGAUCAUGUGUCCGCUGCGAUUAUCGCUAAGGUGCUGGAGGAACGAAGUUUAGAGAGAAAAACUGCGAUCACAAUGAAAAAGCAAAAGUCUGCUGAAGAAUCAAAAGAGUUCAUCCUCAGGAAUGUGGGAACUCAAACUGACUACCAAAGACUAGCAACGUGUAGGUGUCAGCACAUUCCUAAACAUCGGAAUUAUCCCCUCGAAUGCGACGUCAUAAGAACGACGAAAGAUCAAUGCAUGUUGAAUAGCACAGAGACUGCCAUUUAG